AUGCCGGGGUGCAUCGUAAAUAAAACAAGUGAGCGCCGCAAGAAAGAGACAUACGGGCCGCGCGACGCGCGCAACCGAUUCGCAUUGUGCGGCCGGCGGGCGCCCGAGAAUUCUUAUUUCGAAUUUCGAACAGCCGGUCUCCUUCCGCAUAAUGACGCGGCGAUGGCAGCUGCUUGUCCAAUCGCGGCGCGCCGCGGCCCGCCGUGGGAGGACUGGCGCGCCGCGAUUGGCCGACGCGCGCGCGCUCUCCGCCAGAUUUGGCGGGCGCGCCACCGCCGCAGUCGCGAGCGAUUGUCGAUUGUCGCCAUUGUACCGGGCCGGCGACGGACGCGGCGUGAGGGCAUUCGCGAUAUCACCGCUAUCGGGGCGACGGAUCGAUCUGUUUGUGUUGUGCCGGCGGACGGCGAGCUGUUCGGAAGCAGGCCGCGCGGCGACAACGUGGAUCUGGAACUGCACCAACGUGCCAGCGGUCACUUUAUGAGAAAUUUGUCAGUUACGUCAGCGUCGGGCCUAAGACAAUCCGCGCGUCUGUACUCGCCGCUGGUCAAACAGGCGAUCAUGUGCGCGUUUGCACAAAGCGUUAGCGGCGCCGCGGGCCGAAGCGAUCACAAAGAGUCGAAACCCAUAAAGAUAUGCUACCCUGGUACA